AUGAGUAUAGAAGAUGGUGACAGUGAAUUCUUGGUAACAUCAAGGGCUCGUAGAGCCAAUGCUGGGAAUUUGAUGGCAAAAUUGCUACAACAAGAGCAUCAGAAAGAAUCGGAACUUGUUGGGGCGGAGGAGGACGAUAUUAAUCUAUUAUUCCAAGAAGAUGAGGAUGAUGGUGAGUUUGUGAUAGGUGAGCUAAAGCAAGGCUUGGCUGAUGAUAUUUUUAGUGAUUCAGAUAGUGGAUCGAGUGAUAAUGGAGGUUCAAUGGAUGAGGAGAAAGAAUUAGAGAAGCAAGAGAGAAAGAGGCGAAAAUUGAACAACAAGAGGAAGCUUCAAAUCCUCAAGGGCGCUAAGAAGCUGAAUGUGGAGACUGCUAAGAGGUACAAACCUUCAUAUGAGCAGCCUAAGGCUAAAUCUUUGUUAAUCGAAACCAGGAGAACAUCAAAAAGAACGUCUGUAGUUCGCAACAAGAUGGAAGUAUAUGAGAAGUUAACGCAGGCAGAGGUAAAGAAAAAGGAAAUCCAAGAACGGAUUAGAAAGCAAAAGGAGGAUCAGUUGGUUCAAGAGUUGACCCAGGAGGAUAGGCUACGUGCAGCUGAAGAAACUGAGCGUAUUAACUUGUUGUCAUUAAAUAAAUAUAAGGAACAGGAAAUAAGCAAGAAGCAGAGUAGAUUGGCGAUGCAACAGCGGAAGAAAAUGAAAUUUAAUCUGGGUGAACCUAUAUUAACUUGGUUAAGUGCAGAAUGGGAGGUGACUCCUUCGAUGGAGGUUCAUGACCGUAAUUAUUGGGAACAAUUCUUAACCAAAAGACAAAAGAAGAAGAGAAAAUAUUUUAGGAAAAGGAAAGAAGAACCAGAUAACAAUAAUGAAGAAGUCAAGGAAAAUAAAAAUUCUUCCAAGCAGGGUACGCCAGUUAUCACUGAAAGUUUUAGUGAUGCCCCAGCCACACCAAAAAUCGAUUCAGAGACUGAACGUACAGAAGCCAAAUCAAAAAUACAGAAACUAGAAGGGACACCAACCGCAUCUAGUGAUGCUACUACCAAAAGCAUAAACAUACUUGUCACAAAAGUUGGGGAAAUUGCUGAUGGAAUGGAUCAAAGUUCUAAGAAAGUGAACAAUGAGGAUAACGAAGCAGCUAACACUAGUUAUCAACCACUCUUUGAACAUUCAACCGAAAGGCGUAUUUCUUUUCUGGAAAAGGAGGAAGCUGCAGUUAUUGAUAAAAAUGAACCAACAUCAAAUAUCAAUUCAACUAUGGCUACCUCGAAUGAUUCUGGAAAUCUGAUUAAUAAUUUGGCAUCUGAAUCUAUUAAAAAUAAGGAUGACGAUGAAGCUAAUGAAUCUGAAGGUAAAUCUCAGAGCGAUUUACCUUCUAACCACCACAUUGAAGUAUUAGAAGAAUCACUGGUAUAUGAAGGUCCAUCCCAAUUGGUCGGAAAAAACCAUAUGCUCUUUAGUAUUUUCCCAGAUGAGCCAUACAAUAAUUCCAGUCUCAAUGAGCUUAGAGAAGUUUUGUUUGGAGGUCAAUGGGCCAGGCCAUAUAACGCCAGAGCUUACAAUGUUGAACCAAUGACAAAGAUAUCAUGGGAAACAGAUCCAUGUAUGGAAGAAAAAUCAAUGUUAAUACCCGAUCUAACCAUAAUAGACAAGUUCCCCUCCUUUGGAGAGUACGAGAAGAAACUGUCUCAAAAUGUUACCAUUGAAGAUAAUAAGGAAUUUAAGGUUGACAUUCAAACCGAAGCUCCAACAGGUGUCUUUUUACCAAAUGGUGUAAAGAGGAAGUGUUUAAUCUCAAAUAAAAGCUCUCAAUAUUUUGACCCAAAAAAUGGAGUUCCGUAUGCAGAUGUUGAGGCAAUUAAGACGAUCCAAGAUUUACAAGAUGCUAUCGGAGAUGGUACGAGGGAAGAACCAGAGCCCAAAUAUCGCUGGUUUGGAUUUGGGCGUGGAGGUAUUUUCCUGGAUGUUCAACAAAGACCAGCAGCGGGUGUUCCAGAGAGUUUCUAUUAA